ACUUUUUUUAUUUUACUAUUUUUGGGGGGAGCUAGUUAACUUUAAUCAUAUUUUAACUAUUAUUCAGGAGCACAAAUUGCUUUAAAAAGUCUUAAAUACACUAUAUUGUAAAUAUGCACGUAUAUUUACUUUUGGGGGGUUUCGUUACAAUCCUACAGCUUUUAUUUUGAAGGGUCAUUGUCAGUGUUGACUUCCAUGGAUCCCCGCUUCCGCCGGUCAGCUGACCAGAAACCGAGUUUACGCCGGAAUGCUUGUUGUGCUUGGAAUGAAGUUCAGCAAACCAUAAAGGAAACAGCAGCGAGACUUCCCAGACAGGCACACUUCCUUUACUUUAAAUCCCAGGAUUCCUCCCUACUGGCUGCAGAAUGAAGACAACCUCACAGAAAAACAAAAAGUGUCUUUUUCCUUGUGUUUACAUGCAGAAGUAAAAUGUCGUACGACGGAGUAUUAGGGCCACCCAUUCCUGUGAAAAUGGGUGACACAGAACCCGUGCAGGCGAGUCUCAACUCGUCUUACCGUCCGACUUUAUUUGACGAUCAAAUCACGACGGAUGAGGAGGAUAGCGAGGACCACAGCCCGUCUGAGUCUCUGCUCCCCAAACCGUCUCCGUCCGCUCUGGUGGUGCGCUUCACUCCAGAGGACUCCUAUAAUCUGGUCUACGUCCUCUUUUUUUUAAUGGGCAUCGGCUCCCUGCUGCCCUGGAACUUCUUCAUCACAGCCAAAGACUACUGGAUCUACAAACUGAGCAACAGCAGCAGUUACAGCAAAGAGGGGGAGCAUCGUUCUGACAUAAGUGACUAUUUUGAAAGCUACCUGUCCAUCGCUUCCACAGUGCCGUCCGUGUUGUGCUUAAUACUCAACUACAUCCUGGUGAACAGGCUGUCCCCAAAAUUACGAGUCCUGUCUUCUCUGUGGGUGAUCUUCUUGGUGUUUGUGGUGACCACAGUGCUGGUAAAGGUGGACGUGUCCAACUGCCAGACAGAGUUCUUUGUCGGGACACUCGUCAGCGUGGCGGUCGUCAGUGGCGCCUCCAACAUUUUCUCUGGGAGCAUGUUUGGCCUCAGUGGCUAUUUCCCCAUGAGGAUCUCCCAGGCUCUUGUAUCAGGUCAAGCGAUGGGCGGCACGCUGAGCUCACUGGCAUCAAUAGUGAACCUCGCCGCGGUCCAGGACGUGACAACCAGCGCCCUGUUUUAUUUCCUCACCGCCGACGUCUUCAUCCUGCUCUGCAUCUUCUCGUAUCUGCUUUUGCCCAAGCUUGCAUAUUCAAAACACUACAUAGGAGCUGGUCCAGGAGGGAUAACUGAGGGGGGCGGAGCUGCAAACGUUGUCCCACCUCUGCAGCCAAUCAUCAAAAAGGCGUGGGUGCUUGGGCUGAGUGUCUUUUACGUCUUCUUCAUCUCCAUCUCGGUGUUCCCUGCCGUUUCAUCUGGGAUCCAGUCGGUCAACGUGGACAGCGGCAGCCCCUGGACCACCACAUACUUCGUUCCCAUCACCAGUUUCUUCCUGUACAACUUUGCAGACUUCUGCGGCAGACAGGCCACCAUGUGGGUGCAGGUUCCCGGUCCCACCAGUCGCUUCCUGCCUGCUCUGGUUCUGUGCCGUUCCGUCAUGGUGCCGCUCCUCAUGUUUUGUAACUUCCAGCCUCGGGACCACCUCCAUACAGUUCUGUUUGCACGCGAUGUGUACCCCGUUGUUUUUAAUUGCCUCCUAGGGCUCUCCAAUGGGUAUCUAGGAACUCUGCCGAUGAUCUAUGGUCCAAAGGUGGUUCCCCGCGAGCUGGCAGAGGCCACUGGGGUGGUCAUGUCCUUUUUUCUGACUCUGGGAUUGGCUGUUGGAUCUGCAUUCUCUGUUCUUAUCGUGCAUUUUAUCUGAUCUGCCUUUUGGACUAUAAGCUGAGACUGUACAGAGUGCAGUACGAUUAAGUUCCUCUUGGAAGGUGGUCCAAGCUGGUUUAUCUACAGCGGUUUGUUGAAGACAAAUCAGGAACCAGAAGUUGGAGAUGAACUCUGGAUUGAAAUUCUGAGCCUGUACUUUUAGAAAGUCUAAAUUAAUGUUUUAAUAAUUGACUGUAUCUCAGAACUGGACCGAGUGAGUGUGACGUCAGGCAUAGAAAAUAGUUUACUUCCAGUUCCAACCAAAAGAAGUCAAUUCAGUUGCCAUGUUUUAGUGAUAGGGAUGAUGUCAGUAAGAAUGUCUGAGUUGUCUGAUGUCUAAGUCAAUGUUUCCAUGGCAACAACUCUUUCCAAUCAAGAGUGAGCUUAUUGGAAGUCCACAUCCCUACCACUUAAAAGCGUGCUACAUGCAUUCUGUGAAAUGCAUUGAACAUGAGACCACAUACUUCUGAGGCAUCUGGUCAGUUUGUAACUUGAAUAACAUGCACCAAAGAAAAAAAAUAUGGAGAAACAAGAUUAUCAUGGGCAGCUUCAUUCAACACAACUACAAACGAAAGACUACACAGAGCACAAAACCACAGCAAACUACAAAGUGCAACACAGACUACAUAUCAAAUGGAGGAGUGCCAAGCUGCAGUGGAGACGGGUUGAGUGAAUCCCCCUUCUAGUGGGCUGGAGGUCCAUACCGUGCCUCGUCAUGGUCCAAUAAGAGCCACACCUUUUCAGCACCACACCUGUUAACGCUCAGACGCAAAAACUUAAAAAAAAAAAGCCCUAACAGAAAAAAAAAAAAAAAAAACGUAUUCUGAUAAAUGAGCAAAAGCUUUUUCCCCUGAAGUCUGAGAUUUCAGGUAUUUUCUGUUCUGAAUCCCAGACAGGUCACUCAGUCCAGGUUUCAUACUGUUAAUGGUUUUGUUUUACAGGUCCUGAUGUUUCAAGUCUUUCUUAUGGAAAUGAAGUGCCAAAGUUUGACUAUUUAGAACACAGUUUACAAAAUAAACUUAAGCUACUUUCUCAUUUUUUUAAACCAAGAACUCAAUUUAAACAAUAGACCAGUCUUUUCACAAGACAAGUUUUAUUGUACUUUUGAGUUAUCAGAGAAUGUUAAACUUUCAUUGUUUACAAAUUAACCAACAGUUUAAGCCGGAACUCCGAAGCAGACAUUUGAAUCUCGAGAUCCUUGCUUUAUGGACACAAAUUUACAAAAAAAAUAAAAUAAAACCACCAGGAAGAGUGCAAAAAAAGGGAGGUCACAGCAAAAAUCAAAAUAAGAAUCUGUUAAGAAUCACACAUACGAUUGAGAGUUAUUCCAAUCAGUACACUGCUUAGAUUGUUACAUCAUCUGAGAAGAAAGUCCAUCUGGUUUUUCGGGGUGUGAUCACUGCAAGCAUGUGAUUCUGGUAAAAACAUCUGGAACAAAAGUCUGUUCACUAAAGCAAUACAAAAAA